AUGAGAAUAAAAAAAAAUAAGUUGCUGCUGCAGCAGCAGCUGCAGCAGCAGCUUGCUGCUAGCAGAGACCCAAGGAAGCAGCAGCAGCUGCAGCAGCAGCAGCAGCAGCAACAGCAGCAAACUCUCAGACGUAUGAGGGAAUUCGAAGAACAGCAGCAGCAACUCCUGCUGCUGCAGCAGCAGCAGCAGCAGCAGCAGCAGCAGCAGCAACACCACGAUCCACUGCAGCAACAGCAGCAGUACCUGCAGCAGCAGCAGCAACUGCAGCAGCUGCAGCAGCAGCAGCAGCAGCAGCAGCAGGAAUAUUUUCGCGCUCUAUCUGCUGAAGAUGAUGAUGAUGUUUGUUUAUCUAUUAUAUGUGAUAUAAAAAGAAAAAGUGCUGAUGUUUUAUUGAUAGCAACAGACAGCGAAGCAUGGGGAGGAGACAUAACAGACCUCAAAAAUAUAUCUUCUUUUUUGCGUAUAAAUUAUUCUUAUAAAGACAGACCAGCUGUGGUAAUGAAGGACCUCAUCAUACACCCCAUUCAGAUAGCAGCAGCAGCAGAAGCAGGAGCCGACGGAGUGUAUCUAAUUCAGUGUGUUUGUGGUGGGGUUGUUGACGAGUUGCUGCUGGCUGCAUGCGCAUGCGGCAUCGAUGCUGCUGUUGAGGUCCAUACACCCGAAGAAGCAAAACAAGCUGUUGCUGCUGGCGCUACUAUACUCGUGGUCAGCUGCAGCAGCAGCAGCAGCAGCAGCAGCAGCAGCAGGAGUAGCUGCAGCAGUAGCAGCAGCAGCAGCAGCAGUAGCAGCAGCAAUAGUGGUAGUAGGAGUAGUAGUGGUAGUAGUAGUAAAUAA